AUGGGGUCCGACCCGCAGUACAUCAAGUUCCCCGAUCUUACCCUCGCCCAACAUGUCUUCAACCUUUCCAACCCAUCGUGUCCGCAAACAGUGCGGCAAACGUCGUUGAAGAAGGUCCAGGAUGCUAUCUCCGAGAAUAAAAUGGCACCUUUCUACAGGCAUCUUGCCCACCCCGUUGAAGGCAUCCUGAACCAUUCCGGUGAAGGCGUUCCCCAGCACCAAGCCAGCUCAACUAAGUCACUGAUCACCUCGAAUAUGCUGGCAUCUCGAAAGUCACCCCAAAAGAUUGACUUUCCGUGGGAUGAAUCCUUAUACCAGUCGCUAGUCGAGGAUAACAAGAAGGAGUUGGAUGCUUUUCAAAAGGAAGAAGACGAGGCGGAAGAAGCAGCCGGAGACACCGAGGUGCUUGCGGCCCGGGGGAAGCGUGCUGAAUUCUGGGCGCGCGUGGGAGAUAAGGACAAAGCUAUGGAAUCUCAUGAAACACUCCUCGAAAAGACGACAUUCCUCGGAACCAAGAUUGACUUGGUGCUGGCUAUGAUCCGUAUUGGACUCUUCUUUGGUGACACCCUGUCGGUGAGAAAAAACAUUGAACGGGCAAACACGCUUAUUGAGAGCGGUGGUGACUGGGAUCGGAGGAAUCGUCUCAAGGCGUAUAAAGGCCUACACCUGCUCACAAUUCGGUCCUAUAGCGGCGCUGCUCCUUUACUUCUUGACAGUCUGUCUACUUUCACGAGCUACGAACUAUGCAGCUAUUCUGCAUUGGUCAUCUACUCCGUCCUCGCAGGUUCGCUGUCGUUGAAGCGGGUCGAUUUCAAAGCUAAAGUUGUGGACGCACCUGAGAUCAAGGCUAUUCUUGGGUCCGGGGAGGAUCGGGUAGCUGCUUUAACUGGGGAGGUGUCUUCUGGGCCAAGUGCAAAGGACGAAGAAAUGAAGGAUGCUUCUACAUCUAGAGCCACUCCAGGUGCUGCUACCACCGCCGUUAAUUUGACCACCUUGGGGGCUGGCUCCGGGGUCCAAGCUGAGGCUGAAGUCCCCGUGGACUUCUCGCCUCUUGCCGACUUGGUUAGCAGUCUAUAUAACGGCAACUACCGAUCAUUUUUCGUGGCCUUGGCGGCCGUCGAAGACAAUUUCCUGACUCAGGACCGGUACUUGUAUGAACACCGCGCUUGGUUUGUCCGUGAGAUGAGACUCCGCGCCUACCAGCAGCUUCUCCAGAGCUACCGUGUGGUAGGAUUGAACAGCAUGGCCAGCGACUUUGGAGUCACGGUGGACUUUUUGGACCGGGAUCUGGCCAAGUUCAUCGCUAGCAACCGCAUCGCAUGCACUAUUGACCGAGUAAAUGGCAUUAUCGAAACAAACCGCCCAGAUGACAAGAACAAACAGUACGCCGACGUCGUCAAGCAUGGAGAUGCUCUGAUUACGAAACUUCAGAAGUACGGCCAGGCUGUGCGACUGCGCGGAAGUGAGCGGAGCUAA